AUGCUUGUUUUACUCGUAUCGGAUCUACAUAUGCCAGAACGAUCACCAAAUGUUCCAAAAAAGUUCCGAGAGCUACUCGUCCCUGGAAAGAUUCAACACGUCCUUUGCAGUGGAAAUUUGACCUCAAGAACGAGCCUUGAUUUCUUGAGGAAUAUCGCUGGAGAUGUCCAUGUGGUCAGGGGCGAUUGCGAUAGAUCAGAGACUUCGUGGCCUGAUGAAAAAGUUGUUCGAAUUGGAAACUUAUCAAUUGGCAUGAUUCACGGGCACCAAGUCUUCCCUAACAACUCCCAAAAAGCCCUCGAAGCUGUACGAAGAUCCCUGCAAGUCGACAUUCUUGUUCAUGGGAGUACACACGAACAAAAGGUUGAUGAAAUCGACGGAAAUUUGUUCAUCAAUCCUGGGAGUUUAACGGGUGCUUCAACGUCUUCAGGGGACAAAUGCCAGCCUGCUUUUGCCCUGCUGGAUAUAAAUGGCUCUGCGUGUACGCUUUACAGAUAUAAACUUGGCAGCGAUAAUAAAGUGGAUGUUCAACCUCUUGAGUUCAAAAAGCGAUGUCCAGCAGCCUAA